CAAGGAUGAAGGCAGGAUCAUAAAUGGUUUUAUUCUGCAAAGGCCAAAGUGGAUGCUGGGGGACAGAGCAAAAUCCCACAUCUGACGUGCCUCCCAGUCACAAGCGUGGGUAUUAUAUAGACAUUGGAUAUGUGCUGUGACUGGUGCAAAUAACGAUCCACCAUCUCAUUGGUUCAAAAGAACGUUCAUUUACGGUUUGUAAUAGGUGCAUAGUGUAGAAUAUAAAUACUGUAAAUAAAUAAUAGAAUAAACUGGCAUUGGUGAAACUUGAAGCUGUCGGGUGUCUGGUGUGUUCUCCUACUGUGAAAGCGGGAGGUUUGAGAAUGAAGUGCCGUUUGGGUCUUGGGACAAUGAGUGUUGGUAGGUUUAUUCCUGGGAUAUAGGUCCCACGGUGAUCCCAGAUUUGGGACAGUGGGUGUCCUGGUGUUCAGGACAUUAGGAGAAAAAGGUAGGUUGCUGGGCUUAUGGUGUUUGCCAAGCAUGGAUCUUUGUAAGACAGGUUGCAGCACCAAAGGUUGGGCAGAGGCGGAGUCAUCAGCUGCUUUCCUGGAAGAGAAGAGAAAGCCUGAGAAACGAAAGUGAGGCUGUUAACUUUGUCUGGUCUUUGCAGUGGAGCAGCAUCAGCAGCCAUGGCCUCUGGAGACUCUGUGAAGAAGCUCUGUAAGGAACUGGCUUGUCCCAUCUGCUUGGAGUAUUUCAAGAAGCCUGUGAUGAUCAUCUCCUGUGGGCACAACUUCUGCCAAUCCUGCCUGGAUCAAUGCUGGGAGGGGAAAGAGGCCUCCUGCCCACAGUGCAGGGAGAAAGUGCAGGAAGGGGACAUCAGGCCAAAUAGACAGCUGGCAAACCUGGUGGAGGUAGCCAAGGAACUGGAGAGCCAGAAGGCGGAAGAGAAGGGGAGAUUCUGCCAGUGGCACCAGGAGCCCCUCAAGCUCUUCUGCAAGCACCACAAAGCCCCCAUCUGUGUGGUGUGCGACAGGUCGAAGGAGCACAAAAACCACAAAGUGAUUCCUCUGGACGAGGCCUCAAAGGAGUACAAGGAUCAGAUUUGGAAUUUGCUGGAGACUCUGAAAAAGGAGAGAAAGAAAAUUCUGGCCUACAAAGCAGACGCAGCGCGGGAAAGCCAGGAUUUGCUCGAGAAAACCCAAAGAGAGAAAGAUAGGACUGUGGCUGCCUUCAGACGCAUGCACCAGUUUCUAGAAGAACAAGAGAAGAUUUUGCUGGCAAAAAUGGAAGAGGUGGAGAAGGAGAUUUCAGCCAAAGGAUAGGAACAUCUGGCCAGACUCUCCAAAGAACUCUCCUCUCUCUCGAAACUCAUCCAAGAGAUGGAGGAGAAGCUUCAGCAGCCGGCAAGUGAACUCCUCCAGGAUAUCAGAAGCUUCUUACAGGGGCAUAAGAAUAAGGAGAAAUCCAAGACUUCUGCAGCCUUUCCUCCUGCCCUGAAGUGGAAGAUCUGGGACGUCUGUGAUAUCAAUCCAUUUUUGGAGGCCGUCAUGAAGCAAUUUAGAGCCUCUCUGGAAUCUGGACUUCAGCAGCAAAAAGCACAUGUGACUCUAGAUCCAAGCACAGCCCAUCCUCAACUCAUCUGCUCUGAAGAUCUCAGACGUGUGACCUUUGGAGAGAAAGAGCAAGAUCUUCCUGACAAUCCUGAGAGAUUCAACGAGUAUUUUUUCGUGUUGGGUCAGGAGGGAUUCAAUGGAGGCAGGCAUUUCUGGGAAGUCCUUCUGGGGAGUGAGGGAGAAUGGUCUGUGGGAGUUGCCAGAAAGUCUGUGCAGAGAAAGGGCUGCAUUCCCUAUGUCCCUCAUGCUGGGAUCUGGCAAGUGGAAAAGUGUUGGAGUGAAUACUGGUUCUUCUCCAACAACGGUGUGGCCUCCCCUCUGAAUCUGAGCAAGGAAUCGAAGAGGGUCCGUGUGACACUGAACUACGAAGGGGGUCGGGUGGCCUUUUACGAUGCAGACUCGGCAGCCCUGAUGUAUGAAUACCCUCCAGCCUCUUUCUCAGGAGAGACCCUCCUCCCGUUCUUUUCUAUGUUCUCAGAAGGCCACCUGGAACUCUCUCCGUAAGGAUGGAGAGCAAUGUCCAAAGACUCACACCAUCUGAGACACAAGAGGAGCUUUAUCUCUGGAGAUCUGGAGCUGUGGAUUCUUUUUGUUCUCUUUGUGAAACCUCUCUGCUCUCUCUUUACACCUUUGUGAAAACCUGGUUUGGAGGCUGGAGUGUGAAUGAAGAAGCCAUUCCUCAUGGCAGUGCUCAGUGCAUGGAUCAACUGGGGAUUUCUUCCAUUUGGAAAGCCUAGCUACAACAACAACAACAAAGAGGGAAUAAAAGAUGCAAAUUGAUUUUUAGUCAAGAAUUCCAUUUAUUGGAAUUUAGUAGUAAGUGGACAGCCUAUCUAUUUGCCCCUCCCUUUCCUGGCCUUUCCCAGAGAUGUAGGCAGGCCUUGGCUGUGUAGUUAAAGUUAAACAAAACGGGUGAUAAAAUGCAUCCAUGCUUCACCCUCUUGCCAAAUUGAAACAAUUCCUUUUCUCUGUCUUCGUCCUUCGGCCCUUUGUCCUGAGUAAAAAUUACACAUUAGGAAAAUCCAAUGCCGUGUUGCAACCAUUUUUUAUGUACAAUCCAUAGCUUUUCGUGAUCUGUACAAUCAAGGGCUAAAUGAUAAAGCACAGAUUGAUUUUCCUUGAUAUGUUUCUGCACUCCAUUAUCCAAAGUAUGUUUCAGUAUGAUUCCUUGUGUCUCCUUGUUUUCUGAACGCAGCACGGACAUCUUGCAUUUUUAUUCUGUAGAAAGUAAAAUACUUGUUUUGGUAACAUUUGAGUAUCACUUGUUUCAUCAAGGAAUGGUUCUAUUUGUCCAAAAUCUUGGGUCUCCCAGUGUGCCUGAGCCCACUGAAAACAUGCAAGGAUGAAGGCAAGAUCAGAAAUGGUUUUAUGCAGCAGUGGUCAACGUGGAUACUACAGGACACAGCGUAAUCCCACAUCUGACGUGCCUCCCAGUCACAAGUGUGGGUAUUACAAAGUGGUCAUUACAAAGAGUGGGCAUGUGCUGUGAUUCGUGCAGAUUACGAUCCUUAAUCUCAUUGGUCCAAAAGUCCAUUCAUUUAUGGUUUGUAAUUGGUGCAUAGUGUAGAAUAAACUGGCAUUGGUUAAACUUGAAGCUGUGGGUUUGAGAAUGGAGUGCCGUUUGGGUCUUGGGACAAUGGGUGUUGGAGUGUGUGAUGUCUCAGGGACCUUUGGCCCAUGACCCCGCAGCCAUCAUAGAUCAAACUGAAGAGGAUUUGGGCUUUUUCCCAUCUCAGCAAGAUUCUGUGCCAUUCCAGAUGUCCCCUGUUGACAUUUUCGUGCCAGAGCCAAUUAGGGACGCCCUUGAAACAGAGCCUGGUUCCCUGGAAAGUUUGGUGUUUGAUAGGAAGGCUUUUCUCAAAACACAUCGCUCCCAUAAGUAGUUUCUAAGGCGAAGCGCGAGAUUAGCGGAGAGAGACGAUUGUGACUAAACCGUUUCCCUUGGGAAGUUUCGGGGAGGCAGGCAUCUGAUACGAUGUUGAAACAGCUUCGUUCUCUGGGAAGAUAAAUAUCAGGAUUCACAGCAA